ACAUACCAAACAAGAUGGCGGCCUCCGAGGAUCCUGAAAUUCCACCGAAGCUGCGAGCAGUUCGACCGUAUUUACUGCUAGCCAAGGAUCAUGAUAAGAGGGACCCGUUGGUUGCCUACUUCUGUAGGCGCUAUGCAAUGGAAACAUCUUUGGCUCUUGAUAAACAGGAUAAGUCUCCAGACCAUCGAGGCUUCUUAUUCAGCUUAAUGGAUGGUCUAGAAAAGUCUAAGAAAGAACAAGGCUCCAAUGAAAUUUUAGCGAGUGAGCUCGCCUCCCAGGCUCACGUUGAGAACUGUGCCCUCAAGAUCUUCGUUUACGCCGAUAACGAGGACCGAGCCGGAAGAUUCCACAAGGCAAUGGUUAAAUCAUUUUAUAAGUCGGGUCUACUUUUUGAUGUUAUGCAGACGUUUGGAGAGUUAUCGGAUGAGCUGCAAAAAACCAAAAAGUAUGCCAAAUGGAAAGUGACGUACAUCACAGGUUGUCAGAAACGAGGUGAAACGCCACACGCCGGACCCCUAGAUGAAGAAGAAGAAGGAGGUGCAGCCUUUCCCGACAAUCUUUCAUUCCCGACGAAUCCCGACCAACCCUCCUCCUCCUCUUCUUCGUUUCCUCCCCCUGCCUCAUCAAACCCUCCCCCUCAGCAACCCAGCUCCACCUACCCUCCCGUCAAUCAACACCUGAUUCCGCCUGGUAUGCAUGCCCCGCCCUCAACGCCGGAGCAGCCUGGAGUGUACCAAGGGGGCAUCCCUGGCCCCACACAAACACCGCCCUCUGUUGACGGAUUCCCCAAGUUAUCGACUUCGGAGUUCACCAAAGCCCAGAAGUACUGCAAGUAUGCAGGGAGUUCACUCCAGUAUGAGGACGUCCCGUCAGCUGUCGGUUACUUAGAGAAAGCGCUGAGGUUACUCAAGACUGGCAAGGAAUGAACGACUUCUACCAGUAACGAAGCUUUACACAGUAAGCUGACAAGUUGCAGUAGUCGCAUUUCUGCCAAAGUUAUCAAGCAAGCUACAAUUAAAGUCACAUAUGAAAUGGUCAGCUGGGUACAGUGUGUACUGGCUGCAAAAACAGCAAAAAAAUGCCGCGGUAUUUUCAUGUACCAGCGGGUACCAGCCAAAUUUCUGACUGCAGCAUGCAUUCACGAACGGACAACAACCCUCAGAAAUCUGAGAAAUGAUUGAUCCAUGAUUCAUUUCUCAGUUUCACAGUUUUUUGGGGGGGUGAAAAAUCAUGAUCCAGCCCAUAUUACUGGGAAGGGAAUUUUUUUAUUUUCAAGUUCAAUGAAUGUUGAACUCUGUCAGGAAGUUUUGUUCUCAUUUUGUUUGCGGACUACCCUUGUAAAAAUAAUUCUGGUCCGGUCAACAUUUUGAGCUACAAUCCCUGUUUAGUCUAUGUCUUUGCAGUUCCACUGAAAUGUGCAAUUUGUUCUGUGCUGCAUAAAUUUGAGCACUCGACAAAUUUGUAAACCUUGGUGCUGUGAGCGUAUUAUUUGUUAGCAAUAAAACACUUUUUUUUUUCAUGUGGUAAUAAUCUAAGGAUGUUGUUGCUCCACGAUGGUACAAAGCCACGCUGUUAUACCCCAGAGAUCUGUGUCUAUUUACUGUUGUAAUAUAACCCUCACACUAUUGUUCCUAAAUCCUUUCCUUUUUUUGCUGGAUUUUGAUUGACGUAGUACUACACAGCCAGCCAAUGAACACAAAAAGUUCGGUGUGGCAGGAGAUUUUGUCGUUCUGCAGCAGAUUUCACGAAACGCUAGGAUUAAUCCUAUCUUGAGUUAGGACGAGUAACUGGUCCUAACUUAGGAUGGGUUCAAUGUGUCCUAUUUUCUGUGGUAACGUAACUUUGUCGUCCUAAGUCCUAAGAUUAAUCCUAAGUUAGGAAGAGUUGGUCUGAUGAGCUUUUACAAUUAUUGUUGAGGGUAUAGAGUACAAAGCAACCUGACUCUUUUAAGUCGUCAGCACAACAUUAAGCCUUUAAAAAAAAGCAAAGUUUAAAGUUGUUAAAUAUUUUUCGAAAGUAUAAAAUCUUUUUCAGUUUGUAGCUGGCCAAAGUCUGUUCCAUGGUCUGUCCUAUUUUAAAUUACCUUAUAAUGUGAACACUUAACCCAUUCCGUGCCUUAUUUUCUGUUCAUAAUAAUCUUAGUUGAUAACAAGAGACAGUGUUUAGACAAUGGUGAACAUGUCUUAGGGGUAAGUUCAAGAUUCAGCUGAACAUGCGAAGUUUAAAACUUUGAUUGCCAUAUAGUGCACAUUAUUUUUCUUAAUGGUUUGAUAUGCUUAGCACGUCAAUACCCUCUAAAGGUCUUGGUUGCACUUGCCCAUGGCUUUGUCUUUGGCUCCGGCUUAGGAUUGGGUUUGGCUCCUGCUGUGGCUCCUGCUGUGGCUUUGGCUAUGAUUUGGGCUCUGGCUGAAGCUUCUGUAAGUUGCGCUUCUGCUAUGUUGCUUU